UGAUCGGUACGGUGUGCAGGAUGGGCCAAUCAACAUCCUGCAACUCUUCACACUGCAGCAACAUCGCAGCGCUCGCGAGCUCCACACGAGCGCGCGUGCGAGGAGUUUUUUGUUCGCCACACACCGGUGACUGGUUAGACGAGAGUCCGAUGAAAACCAGAGAGCUGCCGACUGUUCAGAACAAGUUCUGGCGGGACGAUUAUAAAGAGGGGAAGACUUCUGUGGAUGCAAGAGUUCGUGAGCCGAAAAAGCUGUUUUUAAACGCGAGUUCUUCCGGUAAUCAACAUGCGCCCGAAAACUUGAUUGUUCUGAGUCGCGAGACGGACUUCGAGAUUCAAGUUUCGGACUCCCAAGGCGGACAGAAAGGAGGACGUGUGGAGGAGAACCAUGAGUGUUGCGUCUCGCUGUGGGACAUGGAAAGAAUGUCAGGAGGUGCCGUGACUCCAGGCAGAGUUUCGGAGGAAAAUGUGACCCAGUGCCUGAACACCCCAGACUUUCUUGUAGACUUCAGUUGUUCGUCUCCGUUGGCUAAACACAAAAUGACCAAAAGUACGUUGAAAGCCUCCGUUUCCGAUCGGAGGAGUGAAGAAGCAGGGGAGCAUAAAGUCUCAAUCCCGUUCCCUAGGAUUAUUCCCAAACUAAUAGUCACCCACGAUGAUCUGGGUCCUGGUCAGGACAGUCCGCGCAUCACGGAUUUGACGCUGAGCAUGGGCGGGUUUUCUCUGGACCUGCACCCCGACGAGGACUCGCCCUGCUCGGACAGCGGCUGCGGAGGCUCCCCUGCGCCCUCUCUGUUCCACAGAAAACUCUCCAGCUCCUCUUCUGCUGGAUUAUCCUCUGCCUCGUCGUUUGAGGAGUCCGAGGAUGACUUCACAGGCAGUGACAUUGAGCCCACCAGUCUGUCCCCCAGUAUGUUCGGGAGUCCUGAUGAACUGGCAGGGGCCAAAUCGUGGAGGAAGUUGAAGACCAUGGUGCAUUGCUCUCCAUUUGUGGUUUCCUUUAAGAAACGAUAUCCUUGGAUUCAGCUCGCAGGCCAUGCAGGUAGUUUCCAGGCGGGCGAGUAUGGGAAACUGUUGAAGAAGUAUUGUGAAUGUGAACAUCAGUGUCUGGAGAAGCUGAUGAAUGACAACCUCCGGCCAUUUGUACCUGGUUAUUAUGGUGUCGUGCAGCAGAAUGACCAGGAUUACAACAUGAUGGAUGAUCUGCUGACCGACUUUGACUCCCCUUCAAUCAUGGAUUGCAAGAUGGGAAGCAGGACAUACCUGGAGGAAGAGCUGGUAAAGGCCCGUGAGCGUCCUCGUCUCAGGAAGGACAUGUAUGAGAAAAUGGUGGCUGUGGACCCGGGAGCGCCCAGUCCAGAGGAGAGAGCCCAGCAGGCCGUUCUCAAACCUCGAUACAUGCAGUGGAGGGAGACGCUGAGCUCAACCGCCACGCUCGGCUUCCGCAUAGAGGGCAUCAAGAAAGCAGAUGGCACAUGCAACACCAGCUUUAAAAAAACCAAACAUAAGGAGCAGGUGACGAAGGCCUUGGUGGACUUUGUGGAUGGAAACAAACAGUUACUGAGGAGUUAUCUUCAGAGACUGGCGGAGCUGCGCGGUGCUCUAGAGACGUCAGGGUUUUUCAGGACACACGAGGUGGUUGGGAAUUCUUUGCUGUUCGUGCACGAUGCUUCAGGCCUGGCCCGAGUCUGGAUGAUUGACUUUGGUAAGACCGUCCCACUGCCAGCACCCCAAACCCUGGACCACCGGACGCCCUGGGCCGAAGGAAACCGGGAGGACGGGUACCUGUGGGGUCUGGACAACCUCAUUCAGAUCUUUGGUGACAUGUUGCAGGACUCGACUCCUGCCUCACCCUGAUGGAUGCACCCAACAUGCUUCAGCCCGAAGGAU